CGCAGAGGUGGCGUUGCUUUUUCCAUUCGUACCGCCGGCCCAGGAGUGGCUGUUCGGUGCCGCGUCUCUGUCCCUUCCUCUCCGCCUUCCGGCGGCUGGCCGCGCGUCCCCAUGGAGGAGCCGCCGGCGCUGCACCCUGUGAAGCUGUACGUGUACGACCUGUCCAAGGGCAUGGCCCGCCGCCUCAGCCCCCUCAUGCUGGGGAAACAGCUGGAUGGCAUCUGGCACACCUCCAUAAUAGUCCAUAAGGAUGAGUUCUACUACGGCGCUGGGGGAAUCUCCAGCUGUGCACCUGGAGGGACGCUUCUUGGCCCCCCAGACUCAGUUAUUGACUUGGGGAACACUGAAGUUACAGAAGAAAUCUUUCUGGAAUAUCUUUCUUCCUUGGGGGAGUCUAUGUUCCGGAGUGAGUCUUACCACUUCUUUGAACGUAACUGCAACACCUUCAGUAAUGAAGUGGCACAGUUCCUGACAGGAAGAAAAAUCCCUUCCUACAUCACUGACCUUCCAUCUGAAGUUCUUGCCACACCUUUUGGACAAGCUUUACGGCCCUUCCUGAGCACCACCCAGUUGCAACCACCUGGAGGAAAUACCUUUAACAGGGAUAAUGGACAGAGCUAACAGGAGUGCCCUGCUGUGCCCAGCCUCACCAGGCCUCUUCCUUUUUAAGCACGAAUCUUCCAGAUUUCUAUUUUAUAAUUUCCCAUCUGAAUUAACUCUAUGGAAAUCACAAGACCAGUUUUAAAAUUUCUUAGGGAGAGGAUUUAUCAGGGUGCAUGCAAGACAAGGCUACCAAAAAGAUUGCCAUAAUUUCUAAUAGUAUUAUGCUAAUUUAUAAAGGCUGUCUUGCCUGAAGUUAGGCUGAUACUUUCUAACUAAUUCCUCUGCUGGGAAGUGGGAAUUCAUUCCAUGAGCAUUCAAGCCCAUUAUGCGUUUUGAAGUAAAGGGGGUGUCCUAGCCAUCCCUUGCAUA